GGUGGCUGUGGACGUGGACGAGGCCGGCGCAUGCGCAGGCCGCGCCUCCCGCCUCAGCGGUGCGGGAAGGGCUGAGCGCAGCCUCCCGGGCUCGGUCGGGGGAGACGGUCGGGGUCAUGGCCAGCCGCUGACAGGGCUCGCCGAGGGCGGAAGGGGGCGAGGCCGUCCCGCCGCACCCCUCCCCGGGCCUGAGGCCGGUCGGCCUGGCCCUCGGCCUUCCCGCUCGGUGCUGCCGCCGCCAGUGCCGGCUGAGGACGGGAGAUGAGUUGGUUCAACGCCUCGCAGCUCUCCAGCUUCGCGAAGCAGGCCCUGUCCCAGGCCCAGAAGUCCAUCGACAGGGUCCUGGACAUCCAGGACGAGGAGCCGAGCGCCUGGGCCGAGACCAUUCCCUACGGAGAGCCGGGAAUAAGUCCCCCUGUCAGUGGAGGAUGGGAUACUUCAACCUGGGGGUUAAAGUCAAAUACAGAACCUCAGAGUCAGCCGGUAGCCUCUCCUAAAGCAAUUACAAAGCCAGUUCGGAGAACUGUGGUAGAUGAAUCUGAAAAUUUCUUUAGUGCCUUUCUCUCUUCUACGGAUGUCCAGACCAUUCAGAAGAGUCCAGUGGUAUCAAAACCACCAGCUAAAUCACAACGACCAGAAGAAGAAGUGAAAAGCACUUUACAGGAAUCCUUGCACACUGGACAGUCAAGAACAUCUGAAACAACUGAGUCAAAAGUAAAAGACUCUACUCAAUGUGUAUCAGGGGAAACUCUGGCAGUCGAUUCUCUGUCACCUAAAACUGAGGGCAAGUGUGAAGAGACAAUUAAUAAACAAUCUGAUAUGAAGGUAUCAACUGUACGUUUGAAAGUGUCUGAAAGUGUAAUUAAUGUGAAAACAACUAGAGAAAAUAUAUCUAAUAUGUCUAUGGCAGAAACAAAGGACAUGGUUUUGGAACCUAAGGAACAAAAACAUGAAGACAGACAGAGUAACACACCUUCUCCUCCUGUCAGUACCUUCUCAUCUGGUACUUCUACCACCAGUGACAUUGAAGUUUUAGAUCAUGAAAGUGUAAUAAGUGAGAGCUCAGCAAGUUCGAGACAAGAGACUACAGAUUCAAAAUCAAGUCUCCACUUGAUGCAGACAUCUUUUCAGCUUCUCUCAGCAUCUGCUUGUCCUGAAUAUAAUCGUUUAGAUGAUUUCCAAAAACUCACCGAGAGUUGUUGCUCAUCUGAUGCUUUUGAAAGAAUAGACUCGUUUAGUGUACAGUCAUUAGAUAGCCGUAGUGUAAGCGAAAUCAAUUCAGAUGAUGAACUGUCAGGCAAGGGAUAUCCUUUAGUACCUAUCAUAGUUAAUCCUUCAACUCCAAAGACUAAAAUAAAUGAAUCAGUUGAAGGAAAAUCUGAAGAAGUAGUGAAUGAAACUUUAAUUAUACCCAAUGAGGAUACAGAAAUGGAAGAAAGUGGACGAAGUGCAACACCUGUUAAUUGUGAACAGCCUGAUAUUUUGGUUUCUGCUACACCAAUAAAUGAAGGACAUACUGUCUUAGACAAGGUGGCUGAGCAGCAUGAAACUGCUGAAAGUAAGCCAGAAGCGCAUUCUGAGAAGGAAGAUGUUUGCAAGAGAGUUGAAUUUCUGAAUGAAAAACUGGAUAAAAGGGAGGCUCAGUUAUUAUCUCUUAGUAAAGAAAAAGCACUUCUAGAAGAAGCCUAUGAUAAUCUGAAAGAUGAAAUGUUUAGAGUAAAAGAAGAAAGCAGCAGCAUUUCUUCCUUGAAAGAUGAGUUUACUCAAAGAAUUGCAGAAGCAGAAAAGAAAGUUCAGCUAGCCUGCAAAGAGAGAGAUGCUGCUAAAAAGGAAAUCAAAAGUAUAAAAGAAGAACUUGCUACUAGAUUAAAUAGCAGUGAGACUUCAGACCUUUUGAAAGAGAAAGAUGAGCAGAUCCGAGGGCUAAUGGAAGAAGGAGAAAAACUUUCAAAACAGCAGCUGCAUAAUUCUAACAUUAUUAAGAAAUUAAGAGCUAAAGACAAAGAAAAUGAAAAUAUUAUUGCAAAGCUGAACAAAAGAGUUAAAGACCUAGAAGAAGAGUUGCAACAUUUAAAACAGGUUCUUGAUGGCAAAGAAGAAGUUGAGAAACAGCAUAGAGAAAACAUUAAAAAACUAAAUUCUGUGGUAGAACGCCAAGAGAAGGAUCUUGGCCGACUUCAGGUAGACAUGGAUGAACUUGAAGAAAAGAACCGAAGUAUUCAGGCUGCUCUGGAUAGUGCAUACAAAGAGCUUACUGAUCUCCACAAAGCCAAUGCUGCAAAGGAUAGUGAAGCACAGGAAGCUGCUCUAAGUCGUGAAAUGAAAGCUAAAGAAGAACUUUCUGCAGCACUAGAGAAGGCCCAAGAAGAAGCCCGUCAGCAGCAAGAAACAUUAGCAAUUCAAGUUGGAGACCUUAGGUUGGCACUGCAACGUGCAGAACAGGCGGCUGCCAGAAAAGAGGAUUAUUUACGCCAUGAGAUUAGUGAACUCCAGCAGAGACUCCAGGAAGCAGAAAAUCGAAACCAAGAGCUGAGUCAAAGUGUUUCAUCAACGACAAGACCAUUGCUUCGACAGAUAGAAAACUUGCAAGCAACUCUAGGGUCCCAAACAUCAUCGUGGGAGAAGUUAGAGAAGAAUCUUUCUGAUAGGCUUGGUGAAUCCCAGACUUUGUUGGCAGCAGCAGUUGAAAGAGAACGUGCAGCUACAGAAGAACUCCUUGCCAACAAAAUUCAAAUGUCCUCCAUGGAGUCACAGAAUUCUCUCUUAAGACAGGAAAACAGUAGAUUUCAGGCCCAGUUAGAAUCAGAGAAAAAUAAGCUAAGAAAACUUGAGGAUGAAAAUAAUAGGUACCAGGUUGAAUUAGAAAACCUGAAAGAUGAAUAUGUAAGAACACUUGAAGAGACAAAGAAAGAAAAGACACUACUGAAUAGUCAGUUAGAAAUGGAGAAAUUGAAAGUUGAACAGGAAAGGAAGAAAGCAGUUUUCACCCAAGAAGCAAUAAAAGAAAAGGAACGGAAGCCAUUUUCUGUUUCUAGCACUCCUACCAUGUCACGUUCGAGUUCAAUAAGUGGAGUUGAUAUGGCAGGGCUACAAACAUCUUUUCUGUCUCAGGAUGAACCUCAUGAUCACUCAUUUGGACCAAUGUCUGUAUCAACAAAUGGAAAUCUUUACGAUGCUGUGAGAAUGGGAGCGGGAUCCAGCAUUAUUGAAAAUCUACAGUCUCAGCUAAAGCUAAGGGAAGGAGAAAUUACUCAUUUACAGCUAGAAAUUGGCAACCUAGAAAAAACACGUGCAAUAAUGGCUGAAGAGCUAGUUAAAUUAACAAAUCAAAAUGAUGAACUUGAAGAGAAAGUGAAGGAGAUACCCAAACUUCGAACUCAGCUAAGAGAUUUGGAUCAAAGAUACAACACUAUUCUGCAGAUGUAUGGAGAGAAAGCAGAAGAGGCAGAAGAACUUCGAUUAGAUCUUGAAGAUGUAAAAAAUAUGUAUAAGACUCAAAUAGAUGAACUUUUAAGACAAAGACUCAGUUAACUUCUGAAAACUACAUUCCCAUCAAACUGAAUGUAAACAUUUAAUAUCUAAGUGUAGACUCCCAAUAAAUUCUUUUAUAGAAUUAGAAAGUGGAAUUUACUGUAGAGUUCAAAAACUGAAAAAAAUUGUUUUAUAGUAUAUAGUAAUAUUUGCAGUUAAAUUAUUUUGUGCAAUAUUUGAACUUUAUUUUUGAAACUAUUCUUUAAAGAUUUAUUUUUUAAAGCAUCUUUUUUUUUUUUUUUGUCUUGAACAGCACAGAGAUUACUUUUCCUCAUAUCAGUAUGGUAGGGAAGGAGAGUGGUGUUCAUAUGUUUCAUUGUAAAUAUAUAAUUAAUUGUAUCUGUAAUUUAUAUGUGUUUGUAUAUAUUAAGGACAUUUAAAGAGUGAUAUUAACAUAUUGAAACUUUGAAAUCUUUCACAUUUCAACAUAUCUAAUUAUUACUUCAUGAAAAUGAACAUUAAAUGUUCUAGUAAAAAAAAUUAUUAAACCCACAGUUACUAAAUUUUGAACUAAUGUUUUUUUCUUUUAAAGUAGAAAUCACACUGACACUCUCUGAAGCUUAAAGGGGAAUGAUUUAAACUUUAAAAUUUUUGUGGUCUGAGAAUUUAUUUCACCCACAUUCUACAAUAAAGUAUACAAAUUUUGGUACCUCUCUGGUGAAAGCUGUAGCUAUUCAGUUAGUUAUAUAGGCAUGAUCAGAUAGUGGAAAAAUUGUACUUAAAAUGAUUUUGUGAUGAUAUCAGUGACAUUUAAGUGCUUUUAAAGAGGUAUUGUUUUACUAACCUUGUAAGAUGAAUCAAAAGUGAUAAAGUAAUAACAAGAUUUUCUCUUAAAAAUUAAUUGUUCACAUUUUGUAAAGCCUUAUUUUUUGGCACAUUAAAAAAAAGUUUGAUAUUACAGAAUAUUCAUAACAAUAUACAGAAACUAUAGGAGUUAAAUUUGGCAUUUUGCAAUUCUGUAUAAUUUAUCAUUUUAUUUUUUCUCAAAACUUUACACUCAAAAAUAGUGUGGAAUAGCUUUAAAAAAUAGCUAUGCUUUCUUCCAAGUGCUUCCAAAUGUUAUUUUGUUUAAAAAAAGUUAACCAGGCCCUGUUUUAGAUUUGUGAAAUAUUUUGAUACAUUUUAUUACUGAAAGUCAUUUAGUUGCCUUUACUUGCAAAUAACUCUCAUUUAAUUUUUAGUUGAAUUUUAAACAGUAGAACUUUGGGUUAUAGCUAUAAGCAAGCCAUGUUGAAGAAUUUGGAAUGCUUUUCAGGGCAAUUCAAGUGACCUCAUUUUUGUUCUUUUUGUAUUCCAGGCAGUAUUUCUGUCAUUGGAUCUCUGAUUUGUAGCACUAAUAAAUAUUCUUUCAGUGUGAACCAAAUUCAUAAAAUUAAUUUUCUAUAUUUUAGUGGUAAAAAGCAGUGUAAUAACUUUUUGUCAGCUUGGACUUUUUUGAGGGGGGGAUUUUUUUUUUUUUUAAUAUUCACUGGGCUGACAAGGAAUGACAAGACGGAUAGCAAUAAGAAAUGUACAGAAUUAGGAAAUAUAGAAAACUGAAGUUGCAAAAUUGUCAAGCGUUUGAAACUAGAAGUUUAGGAAUUAGGAAAUUAUUAUUUUAAAAUAUCCAUUAGAAAAUAAAACCUUCAGUUGUGGAAAAAAGAUGGAAAUAAAACUCCUAUAUUUUACAAUUUCAUAAUAUUAGACAUUUUCUUUUCUUAAUUCUUAUUAACAUUAAUAAAAUCAGUUCAACUUAAAAUUUUAAAAGUGUUUUCAAUUUAUUUAACUUAAAAAUGGUAAAGAGUUAUUUAGGACUCUGGCUAUAUAUUAUUACCAUAUGUUCAUUAUCCAAAAAUUAAUAAUGGAUAGUCACACAGAUUUUAUUAUACACUUAGAUCUCUCGGUACAUUUAUAAGUUGAGAAGGUGUAGUGAGUAUCUUGAAAACUCCACUAAGAGGCGGAAUACCUAGUGACAUACUGGUUGCUGUAUUUUGCUGUUGGUCAUUAAAACUUCUCUAUCCAUAUUCUAGUAAAACAAUUUUUAUAUUUUAAUGGUUAAGAGAAUAGUUUGCAAUUAUAUUUCUCUUGAAAAUAGAUCUUAAAAAUCAGAACUUCAAAAAUAUAAGGUUAGACGUGUGAGCAUUGUUGAUAUGUAGACAACUGAGCAGUUACCAGGUAUUUUUCCAGCUCUUGGGAAGCUUGAUUGAGACUACCGACUUCUUUUUUUUUUUCCAUUAACUCUGUUGAGAAGUUUCAAUUGUACACUAUUUAGCAUAUGGGAAUGUAUUGAACAUAUCUAUAUCGUGAUUUAAGAUAUUCUAAAUAUGGACCAUUUCUGACUUAGGGAAACAUGAGUUUUUGUAGUUAAGUGAAAAUUUUUUUCUCAUGAUUCUUCAAUUGGCAUUUGAUUUCUGAAUUGAACAUUUUAUUUAGAUGGUUAUUAAAAGUAUGCAAUUUGUAGUAUUUAGAAAAAAGCCACAAGACAAAAGAGAAAAUGACUAGAUAUUUUUUCUUGUUUUACUAUUUGGUAUGUAUAUAUUUUUUUCUUCUAGUAUAUCAUAAUUUUUAAAUUUUUCUUUAAAAUUCUAAUCUCCGUAUUCUUUUCAGUUUUACAGUAUAACUUCAUAUUUUGUAAAGGGCUAAAAUUAUGAUUUCAACUACAGAUUGAUAUAAUAUUUUAAUUCUAAAUGAAAGGUAAUGUAAAGCAUGGAUCUGAUUUGAAUAAAGAUUAAAAUCUUUAUAAUAGUAUUAAUGUAUUUCAUUGUUACCAUAAUUUAGACUGCCCAGUACCAAUGAAUGAAGGUGGUAUUGUUUUAUGAAGGUAAUAGGACUUGUAUAACUUCAGAAUUCAUAUUUUAAAAUGAGGAUAAGUCCAAAUUUUCUAUGAGUUAUAUUAUGAAGAAUAUUGUCAGCAUUAAGCAUAGUUUUUCUAAUGAAGUUUUUGGAAAACAAUCCUGAGAAUUUACCGCAAUUAAAUUAUUGUAAGGAUGA